CAGAGUACUGGUAUUGGAUUGAGACGAUGCUUUAUUCUUCUAACAACUGCAUGCGUGUUUUUAGUUAUACUCAGUGCAUCACUGUUUCGCGUGAACCAAAACGAGCCAGAUAAAUACAAGAACCCUUUAAACGCGGCUGUUACGCACAUAACAAGGCCUUCGCAAUCCUCCCAGCAUAUGGCUCAACAAACAAACAUACCCUCGUCUAAAAAGCCUUUCAUAUAUCUCACUCAAACCGGGAAAUGUCUCCCUCCUAACUUGGCCUCCUCUGCAAAGAUUGGUGACCCAGAGACUUGCAAAUGUGAUGUCAUCGUCCUAAGUUACAAGACCGAGUGUGAAGACAGAAAUCACCCACCACACAUCUCUUAUAUAUUUGAUCCGACAACCACUUGGGCUUCAGGCCGGAAUUUGCUGUUCUUUAAUGCUUCGAAAAGAGCAACAGCCUAUCAUUACUACAUCUUUAUUGAUGAUGAUGUAGUUCUUGGCUUCAAUUCGUUCACUCCCCCAAAAAUGAGAACGUUGCAGCCAUUUAGGGUCUUUGAAGAAUGGCUUCUGGAUUACGAGCCGGCUUUUGGUUUUGCGAACUAUCAACGUCAUGGAGCAAUAUGGACCUUCAAAAAGAGAGAGAAGCUAUGUGGUAUUGUAGAAAAAUCCUUAGUUAUACCUAUAGUAUGGUUUGAUGGUUGCCUCAACGCUUACCAUUACCAAGCUGUGGGGCAUAUUUUACCCUAUCCCACAUUGGAUAAUGGUGAAAGUUGGUAUAUACCCAACAAGCAUAUCAUGUCCGCUGUAGAACUAACAUUCCGAGGACAAGCGAUGAUGCUUGUUCCUGUCGGUAUUUCUAACAUAAAACAUCGAGUGUAUCCAAGGAAAGCAAGCGCCGGUGAGAUGGCAAAGUAUUGGCUUGAGUUCAUCGAGAAGAUCCAAGAAAAAGCACCUUUAGUUUAUAGGAAUCGUUCUCUAUGGAACGAGUUUAAGGAAGGGCUUAGGAAACAUAUGGACAGCUCGUCAACGUAUUGUAUGAAUGCAACUCGUCAUCUUCCCAUCAUACCCUUUGCGCAUUUUGACCGUAAAACCUCCAAGGUUUAA